CCCCGAGAGACGAUACCCGGACUUUCCGGUUUUACUACGAGAUAGGAUUGAGGCAUUACGCUUUUGACCUAUGAUUAUACUACACCCGGCUAGAGUUUAAAAACUUGGGCUUUAGUCGGGAUUAAUUCGCAGUGUAGUUCCGUGCGAGUAUUUAAUAACUGAAACAAAAUUUAUCUUACAUGUAUCUAUUAAAAACUUGUUUUUCACAAAAUAAAUCUACCCAACCUCAAUGACCCACUCACCAUCUCCCUUCCGUCGUUCCUAUUCCUCUCUUUGCCCUCUCUUCUUCUUCUUCUUCUUCUCACUUUUUAGUGGUCAGACCGGUAACUUUCUGAAAACUAUUUUGAAUCUCGAUUUAAAUCGAAUCGAAUCCAACCGAAGAUCCAAUACAAGUUUAACAACCUUGCCAAACACUUUUCCCAACAACUCAUUCCAAGUUAAUGGAUGACAAAUUAACAACCAAUAGCAACACAAACAGCGCCGCAUAAAGUGGACGGCCGGUGAGAACCCGGCACGGCGGCACCGCCGCAGUCAUUAUCCUCUUUACCAGGAGUCAUCCUCGCCACGUCUACCUCAUCGAUUGGCCAAUGUUCGAUUCCAUGCUCCGAAACAAAGUAACAAAUUAUUACUUUCCUUUUUCUUCUACUCCAUCGUCAUCCGUCUUUUUAAUGCCCACCUAAUCCCUCUACCAUAUGGAAUCAACCAUUUCUUGGCGAAGUCGCUCACUCUCACCAAUCUUCCCUCCCCUGCCGCCAUUCCGCUCGCCGCACCACCCAGUUGUCAAGCUCCCGUCGCGUUUCUCACUACCGCCGUGGUCUUCCAUUUCCAUGGCGUCGCCUCCCCUCCAAGUCUCUGCUUCGUCCGCCAUUGGUGCCAAAGGCGACGAAGCGAUGAAGACCGCUUCUUCUGGUCUCGUCGGAGAGACUGAUCUGCUCAUAGUCGGCCCUGGAGUAUUGGGUCGCUUAGUCGCCGAGAAAUGGCGGGAGGAAAACCCUGGUAGUCAAAUUGUGGGACAAACGAUGACUGAGGACCACCACGAGGAAUUAAUCAAAUUGGGGAUCAACCCUUCUGUAAGAGGGACUCAAUCGAAUCAACAGUACCCUUAUGUAAUCUUCUGUGCUCCUCCCUCUCGAUCUGUUGACUAUCCUGCCGAUGUCAGGGAAGCUGCGUUGAGAUGGAAUGGAGAAGGCUGUUUCCUGUUCACUUCGAGCUCUGCGCCUUAUGACUGCUACGACAAUGGAGACUGCAAUGAGGACUCUCCAGUUGUGCCAAUUGGGAGAAGCCCUCGAACAGACGUCCUUCUCAAAGCAGAACAAGAAGUUCUGGGACGUGAUGGUUGCGUGGCUAGAUUGGCUGGACUCUAUAUAUCCUUUUUCACUCCAAAUAGAGGUGCACAUACUUACUGGUUAGAGAAAGGAACUGUCGACGUUCGGCCGGAUCACAUCCUGAAUCUCAUACACUACGAGGAUGCUGCAUCUCUCUGCAUAACAAUCUUGAAAAAGAAACUCCGUAGCCAGAUUUUCUUAGGCUGCGACAACCAUCCUCUUUCUAGGCAGGAAGUGAUGGACCUGGUUGCUAAAAGUGGCAAGUUUAGCAAGAAAUUUGAAGGCUUUACUGGAACAAGUGACCCUCUUGGUAAGAAACUAAACAACUCGAGAACGCGCCAGGUGCUCUCAUGGGAACCUAAGUAUCCCAGCUUAGCUCACUUUCUUGGAGUGGCCUCAUCAGAAUGAGUUCAACUUAUUGGGGAACAAAAUGUAAUAUCGAGUUGCACAGUGAAUCUGAAUAGAGAGGCGAUGGUGCCAUUGAAGAGAAUAAGAGGUGGUUGUGCAUUGUGAUUUAGAAAAUACACACCAUCUUUAGCUGUCUGUUGCCAUGUACAGAUCAAGAGUUUGGAACUGUAAAGUACAACAUGGUGAAGUAUAGAGCAGAAUUCGAGCCAACCAUCCAGCAGCAGCCAUGGCCACCGCGAUUCUAGCGUUCAAUCACUUUGUGUGCUUGAAUGAGGCCAUGGACUGGAAGAAGUACCGCCGGAGGAGACACAGAUCACAACGCGUAAAACCUCGUGAAUGGCACCUCUGUGGUCUGUGGAGGACCCCUAGAACCUCCAUACCCUUCUUGGUAGCGAGCUCUGCAAGAGUGAGGUGGCGAGAAUGAGUCUCGUCCAUCAUCCUGAAUCCAUAGAACCAUCUCCCGAGCUUCCACCAUUUUACACACACUUGCCGCUCGGAGAUCCAGCAGCUCCUCAGUGCUUCCACAACUUCCCAUGCCUAGAAUGACACCGUAAAAGCUUACCCAAAUCACACUCAAAUCGCUCUUUAAACACAACUAUCUGCACAGCAACUCCACAGCUGCAAUUGAAACCGAACUUACCACACACUAUUGCGUUGAUACACACGGAUUUUCGAUCUAACAAACCUAUUCAAAGCGCGGCUUAGCUACUAAAGUUCAAAUCAAAACCAGGGGAAUCUGAUUUUGUUAUUUUACCGGGAUUUGGAGGCAGGAGAUGGAGUAAUGCAAUGCAACCAAGUUAAGAAGGACAGACAGCCGACAGGUGCGGCUUGAAGAGGAACAUUCGAACGUCUGCAAAUGCAAACUCCAACGAGCUCAAUUCCCCAAUUGCCUCAACGUAAUCCCCAACUUCCAUUGAUUCAGCCCCACAGCUUUGAUUCACGAAUCCGACCACCGCGCCAGCUCUCCUGGCCAUCUCCCUGUGCUUCCCGGCGUAAACCUCCCUCCACCUCUAAAAAAAGAAAGGGUAAAUACAAUUUAAUAUCCAAACCUUUCAUUUUAAAUAAUAUAGCCAAACCUUUUCGAAAACAAUCUAAUAUCCAAAUCGUCAACUUUCCGUUCGUUUGACUGUUAAUUGACACUUCAAAAAAACUUUGUUUAGGUG